AUGACGGACUGGGCCGAGUGCAACCACGUACUGGCGAACAACAGCCCGCCAGGCGUGCUCGGCAGUGUGACGGCGCUGGCAUUCGACCGCUACUCGGAGCUGCUCUGGGUUGGCAGCGCCAGCGGCCAGCUCUCCGCGCACUACAGCGCUGACCUGCAACGUUAUACCAGCUUUGCCGCGCACGGCACUCUGGCCACGCCCUCGCCGCUCAAGGCGCUUCUCCUCGACGAGCGCCUCGUGUACAGCACCGGAGAGUCGGGCCUGCACGCCGCGUCGCGCAGGGGCUUGACGAGAUGGAGUGCGCCGGCAAAGUCCCAUGCGCCGACGCUGACGCUAUCGGGGAUGACCGCCUCGCCGCUCGCCGCCUCCUCGGACCUGAUCGCCGGUGGACUGUCGCAGCAGCUCUCCCACACCGGCACCCCGGGCCCGGACGACGUGCUGCUCGUCGUAAACAAGAACUCGGGGAGCGUCGUGCGCACUGUCGCGUCCGACGCGCCCAUUCUGCACCUCCGCAAGUCGUCCCGCCUGGUCUGCGCUGGCACUAGUGGCGGCCACAUCCAGCUCCGCGAUCCGCGCUCACUCGCCAUUGAGCACAGACUACACGCCCACCCCGGUGGGCUCAUCGACAUCGCUGCCGAGGGCAACCUCAUCUACAGCAUUGGUUGGACAGUCCGCCUAGGACACCCCGUCGCAGAGCCGCUGGUCAAGGUGCACGAUCUGCGAACGAUGCGCGCGCUCGUCCCGAUCCCGUUCGCGGCGUCAGGCGGCCCGGCAAUGUUGACAGUACAUCCCAAGCUCGCAUCCACCGUCAUCGUCGCUGCACCGCAAGGCCAGUUCCAGAUCGUCGACACGGGCAACCCAGGGGAGGGCAUGUUCUACCAGAUGAAUACACGAUCCUACGCAACGUGCAUGGACAUGUCACCUUCAGGCGACUUUUUGGCCUUUGGCGAGGGCGACGGCUCGGUGCGGCUGUGGUCCAGCAGCCCGGAUCCAUCGCCGCUGCGUUUCAACAUGUACGACUCGGACCCGCCUGAGGCCGCCGACGCGCCUGAGGCCGCCGAGCCGGUCAACUGGACGCCCGCAAUGCCGCUUUCGAGCAUCGGCCUGCCGUACUACAAGGAGCCCCUGCUGUCGUACCUCAACUACGACAAUUACGGUCUCGACUCGUCCGCCCUCCUCCGCCCUACGCCCAAGCUGGACAGCGCCGUGCUCGCGACGAUGCGCGUCGUUGAUGGACUUGGAUAUGCGCCGCUGCCCAAGCAGCUGCGCGGCCAGCGCAACCUCGUCAAGACCCCCGCGCGUGGCAAGGACCGGCGCCGCAUCGGCGCCCCGCUCUUCCGUUCCGAGCAGGAGCGAGAGGCGGCGCGUCGCGCCGCUGCCGGCAUCGUGGACUCUCCCGCUGUUACCGCAGGAGCAGAUGCUCCGUCAAGCCCGUCCGCAACGACAUUGACGGGCGAGGGCGUGAGUUCAAUGCCGUCGUACUACCGCUUGCAGACGAUCCAGUACAGCAAGUUCGGGAUCGAGGACUUUGACUUUGGAUUCUACAACAAGACGCCCUUCUCGGGUCUCGAGACGCACAUCCAAAACUCUUACGCUAACGCUUACCUGCAGGCAUUACACUACCUCGCCCCACUGCGGACGCUCGCCCAGUCGCACAUCACGCAAGAGUGCGAGCGCGAGCACUGCCUGCUUUGCGAGGCCGGCUUCCUCUUUAGGAUGCUGACGGAUGCCAAGGGGGCCAACUGCCAAGCGACCAACUUCCUGCGUGCCUUCGGCAAUAUCCCCCGGAGUGCCUCGCUCGGCCUCUUGGACAAGGAUGAGUCGCCCGGCUCCGACCAGGCGUACGCGAACCUCGUCCAGAGCCUGAACCGCUUCGUGCUCGAUAGCUUCGUCUCGGAAGCAGUGUGGGGAAGCACGAGCGAUGGCAGGCAGAAUCUUGUCAGACGCGCCAUCGGUAUCGACGCCGUCACCAAGACGUCCUGUGGUUCUUGCGGCGUCGCUUCCGAGCGCGAGAGUAAGUCGCACGUCGUCGACCUCAUCUACCCACGCAAGGCCCUCUCCAAUGAGACGGCCCUGCCGAGCGAUUUCGCAUCUGUUCUCAAGGAGUCACUGACGCGGCCGACAACGUCAAAGACUAUGUGCCGCUCGUGUAAAGCCACGAACGUCAUCCUCAAGAGCCGCCGUGUCUUUCUCGACGAGAGCAAGUUGCCCGUAGUGCUCAGCAUCAACGCUGCUGUCCACACCGAAGACCAGCUGCAGCAUUGGCUCUCGCCUUCGCGUCGAAAAGGCGGCGAACAGCGGCCGUACCUGCCUGCUCAAGUCGAGUUUGGCCUGCACGGAGACGACCUCACCGUGCGCGGCAUCUGGGAUGAGUCGGAAGCUGCCGCCGCGGGGAGCAUCCGCUACGUUUUGCGCAGCCUAAUCGUCCAAAUACAGGACGACAAGGAUGCGCCGCACUUGGUCGCACUCGAAAGAGUUCCUGACUCGGAGCGUGAACAGGCUGAGGGCAAGGGGCCAUGGUAUUUGUUCAACGAUUUUCUUGUGCGCAAUAUCAGUGACAUGGAGGCGCGAUCCUUCAACGGCCCAUGGAAAGUGCCGGCUGUGCUCUUUUUUGAACGCGCCGACGCAGCCACUGCGCUCGAUUUGAGCUCCCUCCCUCUCCGCAUUCCUCCCUCCAUCCUCUGCCAAGACAUCAACAUUUCCAAGCACCGAGACCCAGCGCGUUCCCGCCACAAAGUCUUGUCGGCGACCGAGACGCUGAGCGCAGGCACGAUGAUUGCGAUUGACUCGGAGUUCGUCGCUCUCAGCCAAGAGGAGACCGAGGUGCGAUCGGACGGCACGCGCUCACUGAUCCGACCGACGCGAUCGAGCCUGGCUCGCGUGUCUGUCGUCCGCGGGCAAGGGGAAAAAGCGGACGUGCCGUUCAUUGAUGACCACAUCUACACGCGAGAGCAAGUGGUCGAUUAUCUCACGCAGUUCUCCGGCAUUGUCCAUGGCGAUCUCGAUCCAGAGACGUCGCGCCACACUCUAGUCCCGCUCAAGACGGCCUACAAAAAGCUGCGCCUCCUCGUCGACCUUGGCUGCGUUUUCAUCGGGCACGGCCUCAGCAAGGACUUUCGGAUCAUCAACAUUCACGUCCCCGCAUCGCAGGUCGUAGAUACAGUCGACCUGUUCCACUCCGCAAGCCAUCCGCGCAAGCUCUCGCUCAAGUUCCUUAGCUGGUUCCUACUCAAGCGCGACAUUCAGUCUGGCACCAGCGAAGAAGGGCACGACUCGAUCGAGGAUGCGAGCGCCGCUCUGCAGCUGUACGAGCUCUACGAGAAUUUCAAGAGGGAUAAUCGAUUGGACGACGUUAUGGAGGACUUGUACGAGGAAGGACGACGCAUGGUGAGCAUUGCUGUCAUAGCGGGCACCUUGCAGCGUUCAGGGCAGGCUGACGUCUUCACUGUUGCACUGAUGACAGAAUUGGAAGCCGCCCCAAGCCCAAAAAGCCUUGCCGGCUGUAGACCCGUCUAUAGACGUUAUAGACGGGCAGGUCGCGCUAGUCACAGGCGAGUCGGGACAGGUACUUCAUUGGCGCCAGCGCGUCACCUAAGCGGAGCCAACUGCUGCUUGUAUUACUUGCAAAUCAAAUGCUUGAAUGCUAGAGAGGGCGACAUGCGGGAUAGAGCUGUAAGACCGAAGCAUCCGUAA